AGUGCUGCUCGGAACGACCUUCAGUUAGCUGCACUUACUAGACGAGUAUAUAAACGAAAACAAAGUAUUGAGUUAGUCAAAUCAAUAUGAGUGCACUUAGAAACAAUGUACGGAAAUAUCUACAUUUGGCCAAGAAUCGGAUACGUAGUUCCAGUUCUAUGGCUUCCAGCGAUACAAGGCCUGUGCUUUACUCAUAUUACUACAGUUCGUGUUCCUGGCGAGUGCGUAUUGCACUGGGCUUGAAAAAGAUACCAUAUGAUAUUAGGCCAACCAGUCUGACCAAGGCUGAUGCUACAUACUGUUAUACGAAUGAAUAUCGGGAGAUUAAUCCCAUGCAACAGGUGCCAGCCCUUAAAAUCGAUGGACAGACACUUUGUGAUUCGGUGGCCAUUAUGCAUUAUCUGGAUGAAACACGACCGGAAAACCCCUUGCUGCCUCAAGAUCCGCAUAAGCGUGCCAAGGUGCGCGAGAUUGUCGAGAUAAUUUGUUCGGGCAUUCAGCCACUGCAGAAUCGCCUUGUAUUAGCCCAUCUGGGUAAGGAAAAGAGCAUGGAGUGGGCGCAGCAUUGGAUAUCACGUGGCUUUCGUGGUCUAGAGAGCGUACUCGCCGCUUCGUCUGGCAAGUACUGUGUAGGGGAUGAAAUCUCCAUGGCAGACUGCUGUCUAGUUCCACAGGUUUUCAAUGCUAGAAGAUACCAUGUCAACCUGGAUGCGUAUCCCAAAAUUGUGCAGCUCGACCAGACUUUAGCAGCUAAUGAAAUUAUUCGCACCUGCCAUCCUCACAGUCAGCCCGACUGUCCACCCAAGUUGGCAAACAAAUAAAUUGUAAAUAAUAUCU